AUGCGCUCGUACGGGAUGCUUCUGGGCGCCACCAUGCUGUUGCUGUCGGAGGCAACCCUGAGCCCGCUCUACCAGUACAGCUUUGCAGCAAGGCCUUUCUCCGAGGCAACCUUUGGAUCGAGAACCGAUCCCGUAGUGCUUACAGGGCGAAGCCCUGCUGAGUGCGCAGAUUCGCUAGACUUCACGGACAAGAAUGUGUCGUUUGUGGCCCUAGCACUCACCAACACGGGGCAGGGAUGCUUUGCUAAUACGAAGUACUCUAACGGCGACUUCCCCAUUGUGCUUGGCACCCUGCAGUUGGGUGAAAAGACUUUCGAUGCCUUUGAGGUGCAGCCGCCCCAAUCUGCAGCAGAACAAUUUGUUGCCAGCGGUCAGCAGUUGUACGUUCGGCUGCCCAGUACCUCCGACUAUCGCUUGUACCGUUUGGAGGGUGGAGUGCUGAUCGGAGUUGCAAGCUUGAAAGCAACAGCAGCCGACAGCUUCGUUCCCACGGGUGUGACUGUGAAUGGGAUUACGUCUGCAGCAGUCUUCUUGUUUCUGCCUGCAGAAGAGACUAUUCCAGCACCAGCCAAGCGAACCCUGUCGGGGCAGGGCGUUACGGAGUGCGACCCAAGCUUCUCCGAAGCAGAGACGUUCGGAGAUGUGGCGCUGGUCACUAUGCAGUCAAGCGGUGGAACUUGCUGGAAAGAUGCAAGGUACUCCAACAGCAACUACCUCCUCGAGCUCGGUGACCUGACUGGAUCAGAUGGGGCGUCGUUCACAGCCUUCCGCAUCUCGCCGCCCAGCGUUUUGGCCACAGAGUUCGUUGCUAGCAGAACCCACCUCUACAUCAAGCAAAGUGGUUCUACCAACAUUUGGAGCUAUGUGCCAAGCACUGGCUUCCACCUUCUUGAUACCAUCGAGGCCCAGGCUGGAAGUUACAACAAGACCUCGGUCCGUGUGGACAACCUUGCCGAGACGGUGGUGGUCAUCCUCCAACCUGCCAGCACUCGAAUCAGCAUUUGGCCGCUGGAAGCAUCAGAGGUUGAGGCGGCCUGGCUCGAUGGCAAGGCAGAUGGAAGCUUCAGCCUCAGCGCCCGGAGGUUCUCGGUACCAGGACAGCCAUUUGUGCCAGAGACAAACUGGAAUUACGGUCCUGGCACCCACACAGGGAACUACGGCACUUACAAGCGCUUCUUUGCCAUGACCCAUUCAGAUGGGCGGGAAGGAAUUGUGUGGCAGGACUUCGCCAAUGAUGCUGUGAAGCUGACAUGGCUGGCCAAGGAUUACCUUUCUUCACAGACCGUCCAGUUGACUGCGCUAUCCUCAACCAUAUUCGUGGGAGCUGCCGGAGAUGGCCUUGGCAACGUCAUCCUCCUGCUGGGCGCUUCUGGAUCUCCCUCAGAUAAGACAGCAACCAGCUCCGCAGAGGUUGUCAAAUAUGAUGCUGCCGGCAAUGAGCUGCAGAGAGCUUCCUUGCCAACCGGCAAGUCAGACUUGAACAUCUAUGCUUUCUCGUCCUCUGGAGCUUCCUUUGCUUGGGAUACUGGCUCAGGCACGAUUGGAGUCUCUCUCGCUCGCACCAUGACUCAGGCAAGCGACGGCCUGAACCACCAAGGUGGUAUUGCCUUUGUUCUGGACGCAAGCACCUUGCAGAUGAUUACGAACUAUGGCCAGACCUCCGGCCAUUCCUUCGCAAACUCCCUGCAGGUGUCCGAGAAGGAUGGCUGGUACCUUGGAAUGGACCUGGGUGACAACUAUCCGCGGGGCAUCAAUUUGUGGGAGCUUAAGGCCGCGACGAAGUCGUGGCAGAAGCGUUUGGUAUAUGAAUUCAAGACCAAGCACGGGACACAGGCUACGAGCCCUGCUGGUGCCGCAUACGAUGUCUAUGCAGAGAUUUCCACGGCCUCGCAGACCUUCUACAAGUGGAGCAAUGACAACUACGUCUAUACGGAGUUGGCCCAUCCCGGCCUGCACGAGGUCAACGACACGGUGCUCGUGUUCUUUGCCGGUGAGUCCCCGCCCCUGGACAAUGCCGCGACGGGCCAGGCUCUGAACGUUGCCCGGAACGUGGGAUUCGUGAAGAUCCCGCGAGACCUGAGUAGCGAUGCGGUGCUGUCGCCAGGGGCCGAGGAGACGGGCGGAUUCUACACCUUUGGGGGCGGCUGGUCAGCGCAGACGAACCGCGGAAUCAGCUUCCUUACCUCCAAGACGGAUGUGUCGCAGUCUGUGAGUCGCCUGAAAACGGCUGAGAUUGGCCAGGCCAUCCUGUUGAUUUGGGAGGUUUGGGCGCGAGAUUCCUACAACCGCAGCGAGUGCAUGGUGGUCGACACCGAUGGCGCAGUGCUACAAAGUGAGACUCCCAUGGCCUACCCUUUCCCACUUCCGUUUGCGGAUGACGUUCCGAUCAUCAACGGCAAGGCGGUGGCCUACGUCGGGUCGCCCGAUCAACAGCUCGUCCGUUUCGAGUUCUGUUAUCAAGGAUGCGAGCAGCCGAAGAUGACGAGCACAAGCAGCCCCAGCGGCGGAUCCGUCUCCGUCUCCUUGCCAAAUGAUUCAGACUCCUCAUCUUCUUUAGCCUCUACAUCUGCACAGUUGAGCGCGAUGUUGCUUGCAAUGGCUGCGCUGGCUGCUCUGUUGAAGACAGAUUGA